AUGCCAACGAAAAAGUCCAGUAAUUCGUUUAUUAUUAUGGUCAAGAUUUCGGUGAUCAGUGACCAUCGGUCAAUGCGAGCCUUGAUUUCCGGUCAUCCAUCAACCUGGAGACCUAAGUUGUUAGCAUAUGUGAUAUACCUUCGUAUUCUGGUUCCUGACUCCACCCCAAAAAUGAUGAGCUCCGAGAAUUUACAACGUCCCUUAGGAACUUUGCAUCACCUGUGUUUUAGUGUAAGCGAUUACCAAAAGAGUACUGAAUUUUAUGAUUCCCUGCUCACCAAACUUGCUGACAUCUUUUUCCUUCGCUUUGACGAUAAACUCAUAGGCUACACGGUCUUGGUUAAAAAAGAAUUUUAUACGUCUUGGUUUAAUGCUAACGUAGGACAAAUUGCGAUCUCACCUAUCAAGCCUGAAUUCAAAGAUAAAAAGCAUGAUAAAUUUUCAAUCGGAAUUCGUUUGGCACUUAACGCAACCAGCAGAAAGGAGAUUGAUGAAUUUCACGAUUUCUUGGUUAAAAAAAAUUACAAAGUCUUGGAUGCCCCCAAGGAAUAUAAUUAUGUUCCCGGUUACUAUGCUGUCACGUGGGAAGAUCCGGAUGGUAUGGAACUCGAGUUAUGUUACGUUCCGAUCACGAAGAGCAGCGUUCUGUCGGAAGGAAAAAGGCACGACGAUUCUGUUAAGGAAGAUGAUAGAAUCGGAUGUUCUUUGACGAUAAAGUAUCAAAAAUCAAAUGCUUGUCGAGUGCUCCACAUUUCUACUUCGCAAUUGCCUAUGGAGUUGUGA